AUGACGACCGUUCCCUUCUCCGUCUCGGGCAAAACGGCCAUCAUCACGGGCGCUGGCUCCGGCAUCGGUCUCGCCUUUGCCGAGCUGCUCCUCGACAAGGGGUGCAACGUUCUCUUCGCCGACAUCGCCCUGCGCCCCGAGGCGAAGACGGUGGUGGAGAAGCAUGCCGGCGGCGGCGGCCCCAGGGCCGUCUUUGUCCAGACGGACGUGAGAUGCUGGCCGCAGCUUCGACGCGUGCUGGACAAGGCCGUGGCCGAGUUCGGCUCCUUCGACAUCAUCUGUCCCGCCGCCGGCGUGUUCGAGCCCGCCUGGUCCAACUUCUGGCACCCACCGGGCUCGAAGCAGAGCGGCGACGACGACGACGGCGGGAGGUAUGCCCUGCUCGACAUCAACCUGACCCACCCGAUUCGAAUGACGCAGCUUGCCUUGUCGUACUGGCUUCACCCCGACGCCGCGGCUCCGUCGGCCGCCUCGUCACCGGCGUCCCCCUCAAACGCGAAGCGAGCGAUCCUCGUCUCCUCCAUCGCCGCCCAGCUUCCCACUUUCCAGUCCCCGCUCUACGGCGCAUCCAAGGCGGCCAUCUCGAGCUUCGUCCGCAGCCUGGGCCGCCUUGACUCGUCCCUCGGCGUGCGCGUCAACGCCGUGGCCCCGGGCAUCGUCCGCACGCCCCUGUGGCUCGAGCAUCCCGAGAAAAUCGUCAACCUCGACCAGGAGCGCGACGGUUGGGUGACGGCCGAGGAGGUGGCCGAGGUCAUGUUGUGGUGCCUCCAAUCCGACGACCUCGUAGGAGGCACCAUCGUCGAGAUCGGCAAGGACGUCACCCGCAACAUCUCCAUAUUCAACGACCCUGGGCCGGACAUGACUGUGGGAAAGGCCAUGACGGCAAGCAACGUAAAGGAUGGGGAUGCCACGGUGUGGGAUCGCCUCAAGGAUAAGAAUGCUUGGGCUUUGGGCCAGCAUGCCAAGCACGAGUGA